AUGAGUUACAGAAAUAGUUUACUGCAAGAUUAUUUUCCUGUACAGUCAAUUUCGAAUUGGAGAUUUGGAUUCAUAUUGAAAAGGCCAAACCAACCGAGCUACAUAAAGACGUUCUAUGGCAGACCUUUUACGAAACAGUUAUGGGGGUGUUUGUAUGGCGUUGCGUUCUUCGUUGCCAUUGUUCUGUAUAUUAUGAAGUGCUGGGAACGGCGGAUCCUCGGUAACGGAUUCGAUUACGGUUUGAGUUAUGAGAUGCUAAUGGUGACUGGAGCGUUAUGUCAACAUAUUCCACCUGUCUACGCGAGCCUGGCUUCUCGCAGAAUAGCAUAUUUCGUUCUCUUCAUGUUUUCUUACGUCAUAUAUUCCUAUUACACUUCUAAUCUCCUUUCGCAUCUGGUGAACGACGAAGACCACGGAAUGAGCUUAGACGCUAUAACCCAUGGCGACUAUGAAAUUGUUAUGACCAACGACAUCAAGUAUUUAAUCUAUGAAGAUGCUAUUUGCCAUCACAAAAAUUUUACAGCUGCGGAGAAGAGUUUGAUGGAGUUAGAAUCGGUAACAAUUCCAGAAGGAUUGGACCGGGUGAAGAGAGGAAAGACAGCUUUACUAUCGGACUACACGAGUUUAUACAGUGUUUUAAAAUUGACUUAUGACAUGCACGAGAUCUGCGAGCUAAUCCAGGUAGACCUGAUCUCGGAUGUCACGGAGUAUUUCUUCGUGUCAAAGAAUUUUGCAUACAAAGAAGAAUUCAAAAUCGGAAUGCUUCGAGCAAAGGAGGUCGGAAUUCUGAAGAGAAUCAUCUCUAAGAAUCAUGACUUAGACUCGCCACUCGACUGCAAGAACUUGCACCAUGCACAGGCAAAGAUAGACCAACUCUACACUCCGAUGUCGAUUCUAGUCGUCAUAUAUAUCUGUGCAGCUGUCGUUGUGAUAGGCGAGAGAAUGUAUUUUCAUAAGAGAUUUAAGUCUUGGCCUUACAUUGAAUGAAUUGUUAUUAAUGAAUUUUAAUGAAUUGUUUUUUGUCUUGUUUAGUCGUGCGCACAUAGCUUAUGUUGCAAGCCAGAUUUU